GGAGCCCCAACUCGCCAAAAAUUAAUAUAAGAUAUCUCUAUAUUCCACCCCAAAAUGGCUCUAAAUGCAACGAAAAUGGGUAUAGUCCUGGUCCUCGUGACCUUAUUCUGUGAUGGGGCAGUGGCUCAGCUCAGCUGCACAAGGGUAAUGAUAAGCUUAUCCCCAUGCCUAAACUAUGUGACAGGAAAUUCCUCAAAUACCCCUCCAUCCUCUUCCUGCUGUUCGCAACUAGCCAAUAUUGUUCAAUCUCAGCCGCAGUGCCUUUGCUCGGUGCUCAAUGGAGGUGGCUCUUCAUUGGGCGUCACCAUUAACCAAACUCAGGCUCUCUCACUCCCUUCAGCUUGUAAUGUUCAGACACCCCCAGCUCGCCACUGUAAUGGCGCUAAUGGACCUACCAAUAGUCCAGCAGCAGAUACUUCUUCAGGUGAGACACCCGAAUCAAAGCCAAGCUUUCAAUCUGCAACCGAAUCUAAAGCAGUCCCCAUAGGGAGAGCAGAUGGGGCGUCAAAAGGAAGAGCCAUGAAAGUGGCCCUACUACUCCAUUUCAGUUUCUUUACCCUUUUCAUAGCAUCAUGUGUAUUCUAAGCUCUCAACGUGAAGAUUCGAAACUAUGCAUGUCUGCCCUUUGAUAUGUAUAUGCUACAUAUUUGUAUAUUUUGCUUUGCAACUGUUGCCUAAAUUAUAUAAAAAAAUAAAAUAAUAUAUUCUGGUA